UUCUCCGUUAUCUCAAAGAAUCUCAUCAUCGACCAGUCUGGUCCGCGUCAUCGCCAUCCUCAUCCAUUGGAACCAAACACCCUUCAUCGUACUCCCACCCCCCAAUCUCUUUCUAUCCCCCUCAACGUCCAAUUUCACGACUUGCACAAGCUCCUGUGACUUCCAGGCUUCAUUCUCCGCGUUACACCCAUACCAAUUUCAUCCUAUCAUCCCGCCCGUCGAUGGCCAUUUUUACCUCGCCCAGAUCGCUACAGAAUGCCGCCCACCCGUCUCUACCACCUCAAUUCAUGACCCAGGUCCAACCGGGAUUGGGAUCUGCCAUUUUUCCCAGUGGCGCUCAUUCGAAUCACCCAUCCUUCUUCCAUCUCGUGCUUCUCGUCUUCGAGGCCGUCCUCGAAGUGGUCUGUGUCAGUCUUCCGGGAUACUUUGCCGCUAAGCAGGGUUUGUUCGAUGCCGAUGCUCAGAAGCUGGUGGCAAAUCUCAAUGUCACACUGUUCACGCCGUGUCUGAUUUUCACGAAACUCGGAUCUCAGCUUACAGCAGAGAAGCUGACCGACCUCGCCAUCAUCCCGGCCAUCUUCAUCGUUCAAACAUUCGUCUCCUAUUCGUGUGCUUUUGUUGUCUCACGAUGUCUGCGACUGAAGAAAAGACCCUCCAACUUUGUGGCGGCUAUGGCGGUCUUCGGAAACUCCAACUCGCUCCCCAUCUCCCUCGUGAUGUCCCUCUCCCAAACGCUGCAGGGUCUACAUUGGGAUCGUAUACCAAACGAUAACGAUGACGAAGUGGCGGCGCGUGGCAUCCUGUACCUAUUGAUCUUCCAGCAGCUGGGCCAAUUAGUUCGAUGGAGCUGGGGUUACCAUGUCUUGCUAGCUCCCAAAGAGCGAUAUUUGGAAGAAGGAGAAAGGGAGCAAGGCGCCAAUCUUAUCGGACAGGGUCAGGAACGAUACACAGACAACCCGGAGCAGAUCGAUCCCGACGAACCGCUGGUGAGAACUCGCCACACGGACGACGCGGCGGAGUCCUCGAGAAGCGUUGAUGAGAGUGAUGAGUUCACCUCUGGGCAGGAGACACCUGUGAGCGCGCGGGAAUAUCCCUACACAAAACUAUCGCCUCAUGGUUCGGGUGAACAGGACCCCAAUGACCCCACCGUCCUCGGCCCUCCCCCUCAGGGCCCGUUUCUCCCCCGCCAAAGCACCAUCGGCGACAUCAUGUGUUUUCCCAAUGUGGAGGUCGCAGCUCAAGCAGACGAAAAUCCCACCGGAGUCUUCCCACGCUUUAAGAAGUCUGUCGGCAAGGUUCGUGGUCGGAUCGCAGGCGUCUGGAAUAAGGCAACCGGCGCAGUCUUCCGACGAUUGCCUGUGGGUGCGCAGAAGGCGCUGAAAGUCGGCUCCAACGGUGCCCGCAAAUUCGCUCACGGACUCUGGGACUUCAUGAACCCACCCCUCUGGGCUAUGCUCAUUUCUAUCGUCGUGGCGUCCGUGCCUUCGCUGCAAGCCCUGUUCUUCGAUGAGGGAACCUUUGUUCGCAACUCGGUGACACGAGCCAUCAGCCAGAACGGCCAAGUCGCUGUACCAUUGAUCUUGGUGGUGCUGGGUGCGAACCUUGAACGUAACACGUUGCCCAAGGAGGCUCUCGAAGAUGUGGACCACCCGGCCGAGGAGAAGAAGCUGAUCAUCGCUUCCUUGGUGGCGCGCAUGGCGCUGCCCACUCUCAUCAUGGCGCCCAUCCUCGCACUGCUGGCUAAAUACGUGCCAGUCAGCAUCUUGGACGAUCCGAUCUUCAUCAUCGUCUGCUUCCUGCUCACGGGCGCUCCGUCAGCUCUGCAGCUGGCGCAGAUCUGCCAGAUCAAUAAUGUGUAUGUCAGCGCUAUGUCCAAGCUGUUAUUCCAGAGUUAUGUGGUGUGGAUACUACCUUCCACUCUCUUCCUUGUCAUGUGUGCCCUGGAGGUCGUCGAGUGGUCUUCUGUUUGAUCUC